AUGCAUCACGUACGAUACACAGUUAAUCCGGAAUAUGCCAGGAUGUCGGAAUUAGUUCCUGGACUGUUCAUUUCUGGCGUCAGCGAUCUGAAUGUGGAGAAUAUACAAAAGCAUGGGAUAACGCUAAUCAUCAAUGCCACAAAUGAGGUCCCAAAUGUGAAAAAAUUCGGUAAUAUACCUCGGAUAAAAUUGUGGAUUCAGGAUAUUCCAGAAGCAAAUAUGGCCGAGCAUUUUAGCUCUCUUAUUGACCAGGUUUGA